AUGACCACUGCCAUGACCAUUGCCAUUUCCAUUAUCAUGUCCAUUGCCAUGACCAUUAUCAACAAAUAUCUAAUUACUCCACAGGAGUACCAAGCCAUUGGCUUGUAUUUGGACAAUAAUCCAAUCAUUUUGGCCGCUUUGAGGACUCUGCUAGCCAUAGCAGAGGACUCCAAGGAGUUGGAUCUCCUUGAGGAAAGCUUGGCUCUUGAGCAGGAAAACACUGAGGUUCCAAAACCUCCAAAUACCAUUAUGCGACGAAGCUCUUCAGAUGGGCUACUGAAUUAUACGUUCAGUAGUCUUUCAAAACAAUCAUCCGAGGUUGAAAUCAUUCCAUCAACGGUUGUCGAAGAAAUUGUCGAAUCCACAUCAUCAACUGUUAUCGAGGAAAUGACUGAAUCCACAUCAUCAACUGUUAUCGAGGAAAUUAUCGAAUCCACAUCAUCAACUGUUGAGGAAAUCAUUGAAUCCAGACCAACUGUUAUGGGUACUCAUGACAACAAGACUGUAAAUGUUGUAGGUUGCAAUGCAACCCCAGUCCAGCCCAGCACUUCGCAAGAAGUCGCUGUACAAAACCGCCUAUACUCGGCGGUUUUGGUUGGCAACAAGGUCAGCAAGGGGGCCAAACCCUGCGCUAACCACAAAAGCAAAGUGGUUUCGGUCAACUUUGCUGACCUUGUUAGUGCAAAGGCUUUCCCGCCUUUGCACGAGUUUCCCGAGAUAUCUCGGGAAACAGCCCGCAAAGCGUGCAGGCGCUAUUGCACCAAGUUGACUCGGUUGGUCACAACCAAAUCACUUGGUUCGAAGCGCCUGUAA